AUCAUAUUUAUUUCAGGUUUAGCAGAGUGAAGAGAUAGGUCUUUGGAAGACAUUUGGAGCAUAUCCGUACUUUUUUUUUUUUUCUUUUUUUGCCAAAAGGUCCGCCAUCUCAUUUCCGCAAAGACUGCAAUGUGAUGGCACCCACUGGAAAGCAACCUGUGUCUGAAUUAUGCUCAACAGCUCCCUGCAGCUCUGGACACGGGCACUUUCUUUUCCUAGGUUACUUGCUAAGGCCUGAAGAGCAGAACUUGAGUCCGAUAAAAUUGCAAACUUAACAAGAGGAGAGAGACGGGCAGAAAGCUGUUGAAGGGCUAAACGGAUGGUCUCGACUUCACCGUCAAAAUAGAAUUUUAUCAUGUCUGAAUAUGGUCUGAUUAUGGUAACAGAAAAACACUGAAGUACUCAGUUAACUGGAAAGAAUGUUGGUGUCAUCACAGAGAACUGACUCUUCAUAAAAGAGGUCAUGACAGCUUCGGUUUCAUUGGACGACAGGUGAGAGUGUCCCACGUGAGCGGAUGGACGGCCAUGCUCUCUCUCCUCUUCCUACUUUUGGUCACCGUCCACGGAAGUGACGUCACGCGCGACUUCUUCGGAGAUAUUUUUCGUAUGCGCGAUUGCCACAACGGAUCCCGAUGCGACAAUGGGGGCACACGGCCGGCCCUGGAGGUUCCCGGUCGUCCUUGCUAUUGCCAGUGUGCCCCGACCCACUUGGCGUAUCGAGAGGACAAGCAGCAGUGUGUCAAAGACAUCAAAGAAUGCUAUAUGUCAGUAUUUUACCGGCCUUUCACAGUGGAAGCAAUUCCUUUGGUCUAUCUACCUACAAGCGGUCAACUAGUGCAUCCUGAUGCUCAUCUUUCCUUGUCAGGAAGAAGAACCGCAAAUGCUGGGUUUCCGAAAUGUAAAGCUGCCGUGUCCCAGUACUUAACCAAAGAUGGCUGGCGUACUCUGAUACGUUCAGAUAAUGGAGGGGGACCCGUUUUUGGUCUGUUCACAGAUGGAAAUAAAACUUUUCUUCAGUUCCUGGGCAGUACGCAAGAUCGCAGGCUUCUUCAACAACAUAUGGCUCUGGUUCGACUCUUCUGCAAAAUACCAGAUUAUUCUCCAUUCGAAACUUGCGUGGCAUUUCGAGUUGGAUGGGUCCCCGGAAUAGAUUCAGUGGAAGACACAGAAACACCAUCCCAUAAAGCCAACAUGAUGGUUGUAGGGCUGUCAUUAGGAGUUCUUGGAUUAGUCUACGUGUUUGCUGUUUUGGUAUACCUGAAGAUACGGCGACAGCUAAUCACCAAACAGAAAACCACUAAUGACCAAGAAGCAAAACUGCAAUCAAGCGAAGAAAAUCCAGAUGAGGCUGCAACUCAUCAUCGAAUCGAAAGCUCAAAGCGACUUGAAAUGUACCACACGAGUUCACUGGGUAGACAGAAGUCGGGAACAUUCGCCAGCAGACUCCGCCAUGACCCAUGGGCCCAGAUGUCGCCAAUUGUGGAAACCUAUAACCGAACUUGGACAGACAGAAUGGGACAACAUGGUUGCGAGUUUCGAGCCCAAGAUUUCAAGCUGCAACCGGAGUUUUUUGAUCCAGAGUUCAUGGCAUCUCCACCUCAACAAGUGUUAGAUUAUCUUGAGCGUCUUCAGAAUUCAGUAACUUUUGCGCGUCAUCGCUUGCGCAGCUGUUAUCGUUACCAACCAACUUUAAUCGAUAUCCCAGAAGACGAUUAUUAUUACCAAGAACAGGAGAGCAAGAAAUCGCAGUCUAAAGAAGUACGAAGAACACCGGAUGGAGGCUCAGCUUCAUCAAUGGGUUCAUUGAUAGAAUAUGAACAAAAGGACAAUAUAGAGAAAUUAGAAGCUCCUAAAAUUCCACCAAGAAAGCCAAAACGCAAAGCACCGAAAGAUCCCCAAAGUGAACCAAAACAGAACUCUGAGCAAGAGCAGAAAGAUAUCCAGAAUGCAAUGAAUACAUUAAACGAUACACUUGAUGCCUUAGAAUUCGAUAUUUACAAUCAAGAUAUGUUACAGCCGUCGUCUGAAUGUGAGCAAGUAAGUGUGAGUGCACCAAACUCCAAUAAUAUAGACACGGACGAUUUCGAUUCUUCGUCUUGUAGUUCUCUAUCCGCAGUUACAGUUUUAGGCAAACCUGCAAAGAAACAAGCCGAUUUGAUAUCAAACGGAAGUUUAAGUGUUGAGAACAAUUUGUCCGAAGAAUUUAGUACGUUUAGCAAUUCGACAUUUAAUAUGAACGAAAGCAUGGCUGGUCUGUUUCACGAUGGCAAUAAAGUGGAUAGUGUAGAAAAGUCAACUGAAAACUGUGACAAUCCUACUGUAGAAAACGAAAUAGUUGAACAAAAUGAUAAUGAAGCCCAAACAGAACAAAAUUCCAAAGAAGACAAAGGAACUAACACUCAUUCAGAUAAGUGCCAUGAUAAUGGCUGUUGUCCUGCUGUUAUUGUUUCCGUAGACGAAAAGCAUGAAAAUGGCGAUGGAGAAGAAGCAAUCCCAAAUGGGCAUAUGCUCUGCAAGUCAUCGUCAAAUGAAAGUAUGACAACAAUUUCAACAGAAAUGACAACAGAUUCUUUGGAUUCUCGACCAUCAUCGCCAAAUCAUCCAAGUCCCACGCCAAGCUUGGUAGAAAUGUGGAUCAAUAGGCUGGUUCAGAAUUCAGUUCCUUACUCCAGAACACGUCGGAAAUGCAAGAAACUUGCACUCCCUGAAGAUGAAAUCGAGAACUGGGAGCAUGUGUGUCAGAAACACAAGGACUCUUGUCCUAUGCACGACUUAAAUGACUCAGAACCAAACAUAAUAGACAAAUUAGCACAUUAUGGAUCAAAAACAAUGGCCGGCUGUGAUGUCGCAGGAUAUUUCCAGUCUUUAAAACAAGAUGUCUUGAAAGAACAUUUAAAAUCAUGGCUUCACUCUAAUAGUCAAUCUAAACGACAAAAAGGAUUUUCGAUAAAUUACAACGGGAAUGAAAACUCGCAUAAACGACCUCUUGUACCGAAUGGUCAUGACCCAAAAUUGCUAAAUGAGAAUGGGUUAAAUGCAGCUUGGUCUACCUUCAGUGCCUUGAAUGGUACUGAAACUCCCUUAGCAUCAUAUAAAGACGCGAACUGUGCGAAUCAAAAUUCAGUAACUUCUGACAUCAGUGACUCUUUGGAACAAAACUCAAGUGAUGCAAAUGUUUUCAAUGGUACUCAUGAGUAAAAGGAUAUAUGAAUCAGAACUUCAGUUACGAAGAGUUGUGAAAAUUUUAUUUUUGAAAACAAAAUCAUAGAUUUUAUAAAAUCUACGAACAAAUUUUCUAAUGUUAUGUAAUGUUUAAAAUAUCCAAUUUUCUUUAAUAAUUUUUUUUUUAUUUAUUGUAGUUCAACGCAAAAUAAUAAGUAACAGAAACGAUACAAAGAGCAAAAUACAAACAAGUAACAAGAGCCUACAUAAAACAAUUAUUAAAUUUUUUCCGUGUUCACAAAGGGUUUUAAUAUGGGGUUAUGAAGUAUUUUAAAGAUGGCUGAGUCUCUUUUAACUCCAUAAAAAUAGUUGGAGGCUCGGUGGCGCAGUAGCUAGCGCGUCGCACAGCAGCACCGCAAGUUCGGGGUUGGAUCCCCGGGUUGCACAUAAGCAUUCCGUUCCGCGCCACGCGCAUAAGAAAAAAUCCCUACUUGUGAUUGGACAUUCUUUCCGGUGACAUAAUUUUCUCUCGCGUAAUGACGUUUAGACGGGAUUCUUGCGGUUUUGUUUUCGAUGAAUGACAAGGAAGAGUAAAAAUUAUCGUUUGUUUUCUUUGAAACGAAAAAAAUUAGCUGCAGCCUUCUGAAGGAAUUAUAAAAUGUUAAAAUCUUUCAAAGAUGCUGUCAAUAUCAGGAGCAAACUUAAUGUUACGACAAAGUUAAAGAUGCUGUCAAUAUCAGGAGCAAGCUUAAUGUUACGACAAAGUUAAAGAUGCUGUCAAUAUCAGGAGCAACUUAAUGUUACGACAAAGUUAAAGAUGCUGUCAAUAUCAGGAGCAAACUUAAGCGUUCAUUUAUCGCGCAAGUAUAUUACGUUACUAUUAUUAUUACGAUUAUUGCAAUUUUGUUACAUUUUAUUACUUUCACAUUGCAGAAAAUAUUUCCUUUGCAAAUGUUACGUUAUUUCCAUGUUAAUGUCCAUGUCAUUUCUAAUCUUCUAUUGCCUUAAAUGAAAGAAAUAUGUGCAUUUAGUAUCUUCGCUGAAUUUAACACACGUGUAUAAAAAGAAACGAAAUUUUUCUGACAAACACUAUUUUUAUGCAAAGGUAGAAAAGAUGUUACACAUUAAAAAAGGGGCAAUAUUCAUAAUAUAACAUUAUUAAAUUUAAAAUAAGUAUCUCUGUUUCAAAUCUAUAUUAGUUUAACUUCAGAAAUAAAUUUUGUGAAUUUA